GAUUACUCUCAUAAACUUAAGAAGUCGUAGAUUACAUAAAUAUAUCGAAUCAUGAUAGUAUCAGUCAAAAAUUUAAUGUUUUCAACGAAAAAAGUCAAACCUUGAUAAAUCUAGUAGGAAUGGAGUAAAUAUAGUCUUUACAACUUUAGUGUGUGAAUUAAUUCAUGUACUUCCAUCAAAGAGUUCACACCUGUACAUUAUUUCCACUACCUUGUAAUAGUCACACUGGUUGUCCCUGCCAUAUAAUAGGUUCAAGCGAAAGAGUCCAUAAAAGCGAGUGAGUGGCAUGUAAAGAUUUCAAUCAAUCCCAAGUGGGCAGUAGAAAAUGGAGGACCACACACACAAAAACAUUAUUAGAGUUGCACAACCAAUGACCCAUGAUAUUCUUCCUGAUAAUGAUAAGUCUAUUUGUACUUAUCUAUUGAAGCUGAUGUACACAUAUGUUUUAGAAUCGACAGAAAUAUAAUUAUGUUAAACUAUAAGUAAUAUUGGAAUUGACUGAAUUGGCUGAUUCUGCUAAAAUUUAUGAAGUUCUGACUGAAUGAGUUGUAUUGGCUGAUUCUGCUGAUUUUGCUGAAAUAUAUGAAAUUUUGUCUGAAGUGGUCCGAUAAGCUGAUUUUGUUAAUUUAUGAAAAAAUUAUACUACGUAUUUAAAAUAUAUUUUAUUAAUAAAAUGAACAAGAUAUUAUAUGAAAAAUAAGUAAAAUGGUUGAAUACACUAACUUCAUUAUGCGGUUAAUUUAGUCAAAAAAUAAUUUUAAUCUUACUUAUUUUUUGAUUACGUAGUACAGAGUAUUAUAUAAUUCAACGCGGGAAAUUACAAGUUUGUGAAAAAGUUGACGCCCCGAACUACCAAAUGGUUGACUCUAUUGCAAGUUUUCAAUCUUAUGUACAACCCUCUUCAUUUUUCUUAUCGGUGUGAGGAACAUGUACAGUAAUCUUUUUGUUUCAAAUCAAAUGUCAAAUACUCAAAUAUAUGAGUCGUUGACUUAUUAUUGGACAUAUGGAUACCGGCAUGACCACUACCAGCACAUACGUGAGUGAGGGUCUGAGGGGCAAUUUGCACGCUUCUUAGCUAGCCGUCAUUAUUUUAAGCACUAUUGCGCACAAUGUAAUUUUAGUGUCUUAAAUUGUACUGCAUGUUCAAAUAUCAAAUUAAAAUGCCUACACAAAAGUGUGCUAAUGAAACUUCUGUCUGUUUACCAAAAAUACCGAGACAUUAGUAAAAAUAUGUAAUUAUAUGGUGUGGUCUAAAUAAUGAAAUUUCUGAAGGGAGAUUUGGUUUUUUGAUCUAGUUCUGGUCGAUCAACUCAUGCGUUGCACAUUAAAAAUUACUUUACAUGUAGUCUGAUGAGGAAUAAUGUUUUUGAUAUAAAAUUAAAUUGAUAAUAUAAAAAUGUCUAAGUAAGAUAACUAAUGAAUGAUAGAUUGAAAUUAAAUUUCAAAUUUAGACUAUGUAUAAAACUUUAUGAAAUUAAAGAUAAUAAAAAGUCAAAUAAAUCAAAGAUAAAACCAUAGAAACAUAAUUUAUAACUAGUACAUUUGAAAGAUAUAAUUAUGGAAAUUUCGCCACAUAACUAUUCCAUCCCAUUUACAAAUAUUCCUAAAAGCUACGUAGUACUUCAUUCCUUAAUUCUUGAUUAUACUCUGCAGAUUAAUCUUAAGCUUUCUCAUAUAUUUCAAUUUCAACUCCUCCUAAAAAGUCUCACUCCUAAAAGCAGGGGCGGAUCCAGGAUUUCACGUUGGGGUGGGCUGAAAAACUUAAUUGAUAAUACAUUGAAUUUUUUUCAAAAUAAGCAAAAACUCAAAUAUAAAUUUGUUAACAAUAGAGUCUACAUCUAUACUGAGGGUAAUUUCUUUUCGAUAUAAACUCGUCAACAAUAGAGUUUACAUCUAUACUGAGAGUAAGAAAGUAAUCAUCCAUUUUGUUGCAGAGUGUUGUCUUUUGAUGUUUCACGGCAGAAAAUGAUAUUCUACGGUUGCAGUAGAAACAAUAAGAUCGAUACAAAGCGAAUCAAUCUACUCAUUAUAACAUAUGAAUCGGAUCUUUUGCUCUUAGCUCUAGUCAACUCAUCACAUAAUUUAAAAAGUGUAGAUACUUGAAACUUUGUAUCAUGAAUCACAUAAUGAACGUAGUGUUGUAGCUCUAAUUUCAAAGCAUGAAUGUUCUGACUACUAAAAUCUUCAGGAUAGAACUUCCUUGCAAGAGUACAAAUUGCAUCAACAUUGAACAACUCAUAUGAUUUUUUUGGAUCCAAUGAAGCACUCAAAGAAAGGAGUUCCACUGAUUUAUCAUUAAAUGGGUCUGUAACUCUAUAAAAAAAGUCUUAUUGAAAUCGUCAAAGUGAUAAUGAUGAUCAACUGUAGUUUAUUUUCGGCAACAACCAACCAUAUAUUUAGAAAUUAGAAUUCAAGUCCGGUGCAUGAAUUAAUUUUUUUGAGCAAAACUCAUUUACUUCUUCAAGAAAACCUUCCCAUCCAUUUUCGGUCAAUUCCUAAAGAAUGAGUUGUGAAGUAGAAAGAUGUCUCAUGGCUACCAAGAUAUCCAAUAAUUUUUUGAAGGCCUUGAGAGAGAACAGUCGUUAUUUCCAUAACUUUGUGCAUCAAAAGUAAAUUAAACUCAAAUUCAAAACAUGGAAAGUGUCUAUACACACUACGAACUUCUGCCCAUGACCUCACUUUUGUGCAAUUAAUGUUUUUGAAGAUCCUCAAACACUUUACAAGUUGAUGUGAACAUGCUAAUCAAGCCGUUAUAUUAUAUACUAAGUUGGAAGUGAUGUGUAUAACAUUUUGAUUAGAUUUUUAAAUGAUAAGAAUUUGAUUUAUGGGUUGGGCUGAAAAAUUUGAGUGGGCUAUAAAAAUAUCUGGGGUGGGCUGGAUGGAAUUUUAUCAAAAUAAUACCUUAAUAAUAAUAAUUUUUUUUACUUUGCCCUGGGCUUCAGCCCACCAUAGCCCUAACAUAGAUCCUCCCCUGCCUAAAAGUUUGAUUACUGCAAAGAGCUCUUUCGUAGUUCACGCUUUGUUAAAAUAAAAUUGCUAAAAACUAAAACUCCAUGUUAGAUUAGAAUUCCGCGAUCUUAAAGUUUGGAAUUCUUUGAAGGCCACGGUUAAUGGAAGGCAUGAAAAAAUGUGAUCCGGUAACUUAAUGACUAUAAUUAUAUUCAGAUAUAACUAGUAUAGUACCCGUGCGAUGCACGGGAUAUUAUUCUAAUAUUAAUAUAUAAAACAUAGUUUGAUUCAAUAAAAAAACAAAUACUUUUUUAUUCGUACAUACAGAGAAUGAAUUUUGAAUGUUUAUUGGGUGUUUUGAUUGAUUUUGUUUCUACUUCUUUUUAAAAAGAGAAGCAAAAUAAGUUUUCAAUAGUUAUUUUCCACUAUCUUUUAAAAAACUACUUGUAUGAAUAAAUUGGAGCACCCGAAAGCACUUUUACACUUUUAUCCAAAUAUUCUAAAAUCUGUACAAAAGUACGUUUGCACUUUUAUCCAAAUAUUUUAAAAUAUGUUUCUACUCUUGGAAAGAGCAAAAGUUCUUUUAAAAAGUAUAUCCAAACACCCUCUAUAAUUGCCAUUAGAGAUAUCUUCUAAAGGAGUGCCAUAAUAUUAGAAUUUCCCACAAAUAAAUAAAUUGGCUAAAUAAUAACAAAUGUACAAUGUGUGAUUCAAUGAAUAAAACCUCAAACGACAACAACAAAGUAAUAGUCAGCCCAAUAAUACCCUCACAAAUUGGUUUUGGUUAGACCUGCUCAAAAUGUAAAGGAUCGGAGUAUGUAAGGUUAGACUAUAGUAGGGAGUAGUAACCAGCUUCUUUAUACCAUCCACACAUCACACAUCAUAAAUUGAGUCGGCAUUUAUGUUGACUUCUAUCAUAACUGAUUGCCACUGGUAAUCGAACACAUACAUCAAUCAAUAUGAGAAAAAAUGCAAAUUAACAUAGAAUAGUUCUAAAAAAACAACCAAACCAUAGAAUAGUUCUCCUAUAUAUCCUUCAUUGACUUGUGUUUGUUCUGCUCCAUAUAUUCAUUCUCAGUGCUUUGAAAGUUGCUUUACAAACUAUGGCUAUAGCAUUUUGAGAAAGUUCAAUAGCAAAUUAGGUGUAAACUAAAAUAAAGAAAAAUUGAAUAGACUGUGAGACAAAAUAUGGCCUCUUAAAUGUCAAAGUUCAAACAAUAUUCGGGACAGUUUCAGAAAUUAAAAUAAUAUGAGAUGUAACCAAUCACAAUACUCCAUCAAGUUUAAUUCAUAUCAUUUCUCACUUUCAUCUCAUGAGUUUUCAAAUAGUUCACAUACGUUGUGCAUGUUUCUUCGUCCCAUUCAAUACACAACAAUAUCAAUAACGGUGGUGUAGAACCUGUGUCCCGAUUCUAUAUUUGAAUCACUAUUAUGCACAUUGGGUGAAGUAAUGGAGUUGCAUAGAAAUGAUAAGAAUGAAGGUUUUUGUAUGGUUAUAUUGUUUUUUUUUUAAAAUUUUAUCAAUCAAAUCAAUAAAUAUAUCCAAUCUGAAAUGUUGCAUUGAAGCAUCUAAUCAUAGAAUACAGAUCUUUUCAAAAAAAAAAUCAUAGAAUACAGACUGUAAUUGCGUUGAAGCAAACAGUUCAAAUUACAGUCUUUAACAACAAAACUGAAAAGUAAAAUAACCAAUAAUAGCUUCUAACACAAUUCGAACAACACCACACUCUACUUCAAAAAUCAAAAACAAAAAUAUAAGACACAAUUGCCUCUUUCAAAGAACAAACCUAACUGAAAUCUGAAAAUUUCACCUUAAUCAUAAUUAUAUAUAAAAACACUAUUUAUUAUUAGUAUAUACGUAGUAAUUUGUAUUUUAAUAAAACAUACUUUUUCUUUUAUCGUUGAUUAAAAUCCUUACAUAUUUCGAUGUAUAGACGCAAGAUUUAGCAAGAAUACAACUUAAUCACUCACCGUAUGGAAGAGUACACAUUAAUUUAAGUGCUCUCCUGCAGAUAUUACAAUGAAAAUUAACACCUGCUACGUGUUAGUGGAGUGAAGCUCUAUGAAGACUUUUUUUUUGCAUAGCUCCGUAAUGCCUCCGUUGUAGCAAAUAAACUGGAAUUGAGCUUUGUGCAGACCUUAUUGGAAGGCAUUUUAUUUUAUAGAAAAAGACGGCAGCCUAACACAGUAACACUUUAAAGAAGGGAUGCCACACACUUAUUGAAAAUGGAAAUGAUUUAAGAAUUCCUCAUAAACUCAAGAUUUUGCUUUUGAAGAUUGCCAAUUUGCUAUCGCAUCUG